AUGGUGGCGGCGGUGGCAGUGGCGGCGGUGGGGUGGAGUGGUGGUGGUGGUGGCUGGAUUUGGAUGCUCUAUGCGUGGAAGAUCGUAUUGGUAGGCCCGAACAAUGUCCUCCAGAGUUGGGACCCAACAGUGAAAUCUCCAUGCACCUGGGACCUCGGAGAUCUAGACAGUCUUCAAUACUUGGAAGUAUAUGGGAAUAACCUAAGUGGAUCGAUUCCAAGGGAGUUGGGUAAACUAUUCCACUUGAUCAGCUUGGACCUCUAUAAUAAUCAGCUUUCCGGCCAUAUCCCACCAACUCUUGGCAAGUUGAAAUCCUUGAAAUUCAUGAGAUUGAACAGUAACAAGUUAACUGGCAAAAUACCAAUCCAGGUCAUUCAACUCAUUCAGUGGGGCAACUUACAGAUUAUGUGAGUUAUUCCUCAAUUUUGUUCUUUCCAUUAGGGAAUCUCGUACCACAAAUUUGAUUCAACCUAUGCCUAUCAAUGGGUUGGAUCCAAUCUGGAUCCGUCUAAAUCAGACAACUCCAAUUCGAAAACUAAUCGGAUCAUAUUUGGAUAUAUCCGAUCCAAUCCGGUAAUAACUGUAAUUCGAAAUUUUUUUUCCCGAAGAAAACAAAACAUAA